CUCCUCUUUCUCUCUUUCACUCUCUCUCUCUAUAACUUAGCCCCUAAUUUCUAGAGAGAGAGAGAGAGGCAAUUUCCCGUGAAAUGAAGCAAAAUCCGAGAAAAUAACCAGAAGGAAAAAAAGGGGUUGAGUUUUUCUCGGUAUCCAAACAGAAAAUUGUUUUCCUCCUUAGGCCAUGUCUCAUUUCGUGUUCCACACAGCUCAAAUCCCCACCACUACUACCACAAGCGCUGCCAAGAACUUACCGUUAAAGCCUAAUCUUCCUCCGAUUCUUCAACUGUGCCCACGCCAGCAGCUCCCGGCUGCCCAGCAGGUGACCUGUAAGCUACGGAGGACUCUUGUCAUUAAAUGCUCGUCUCCUUCUAUAAUCGAAAGUGGCGAUUUCGUUGCAGCUUUGGAGAGGUGUUUUCUGGCGCCGGAUGCUGCACCAGUGGAUUUAGGCUCGGCGUCGAGUUCGAGAGGAGAGUUUGGACCGGUUAUGAAGGGGAAAUACGGUGCAUUUGGUGCGGUUACUUUGGAGAAAGGGAAACUCGAUUUGUCGCAGAAGGAGUCGAAAGUUAGCCCUGAGGUUGCCCUUGGGGGAGGUGGAGGAGAUAUUGGGAAGAAAAUCAAUCAUGGUGGUGGUGAUGGAGGUGAUGAUGAUGGUGAUGACGAUGAUUAUUUCGAUGACUUUGAUGAUGGUGAUGAGGGAGAUGAGGGUGGGCUAUUCAGGAGAAGGAAAUUUCUUGAAGAGCUUUUUGAUCGAAAAUUUGUAGAUGCUGUUCUGAAUGAGUGGCAGAAAACAAUGAUGGAUUUGCCCUCUGGAUUCCGGCAAGCUUAUGAGAUGGGUCUGGUCAGCUCAGCUCAAAUGGUGAAGUUCCUAGCAAUAAAUGCCAGGCCAACCACCACCAGAAUGAUCUCCAGAGCACUUCCUCAAGCAAUUUCUAGGGCAUUUAUUGGAAGGAUGCUAGCAGAUCCUGCAUUUUUAUAUAGGCUUCUUUUGGAGCAGGCUGCUACAUUUGGCUGCUCUGUUUGGUGGGAGGUGAAAAAUCGCAAGGAUAGGAUAAAACAGGAAUGGGAUUUGGCACUUGUAAAUGUGCUCACAGCAACAGCUUGCAAUGCCAUUGUUGUUUGGACACUUGCUCCUUGCCGUUCAUAUGGAAACACAUUCCGGUUUGAUUUGCAAAAUACAUUACAGAAGCUUCCGAACAACAUAUUUGAAAAGAGUUAUCCACUUAGAGAAUUUGAGUUGCAAAAAAGAGUCCACUCAUUCUUCUACAAGGCUGCCGAGCUAUGUGUGGUUGGUUUAGGUGCAGGGGCAAUACAAGGUCAAUUGUCAAAUUUUUUGGCCAGUAAAAGAAAAGAUAGGUUAUCUGUGAUGGUCCCACCUGUGAGUAACUAUGCACGUGGCUAUGGUGCUUUCCUUGGACUAUAUGCAAACUUGAGAUACCAGCUAUUAUGUGGAUUUGAUAGAGCAAUGGUCAACCAUUUUGAUGUUAUCGGAGUGGCACUAUUUUUUAGCACAGCUUUAAGGAUUUUGAAUGUGCAAGUUGGAGAGACAUCAAGGCUGGCCUGGAUAGGUGCAGAGGCAGAUCCUCUGGUUCAUUCGGAUAACCUUUUGAAGGCUUACAAUAGACCUUCUGAGGAAGUUGCUACAGCAUCAUCUUCAAAAUGGUUUAUAUCAAAGCAAACCCUUGUUUCCGGGCUAGGGCUUCUCGGCAUCAAACAAGGGAACGUCGAGUCUGUUGACGGGGAAGCAUCAUCGGCUCCGAAGACACGAAGAAAGAGGGUCGUCCGGAAGAAGGUGUCUGCAAGUUCAGCAUAGUUCAUUUGAUGUAAUCACCAUCAUCCAAUUUUGGCACCUGGUAAAUGAUAUGAAACGAAACCAUGCAUCGAUUUGAGAAUUAAAAAUCGGCUCGGAAAAUUCAUCAUGAUUCUUAUGUACAUCUGCAGAUGAAACCAAAGCAACCAUCACCAGAAGAUUUUUUUUUUAUAUAUAUAAUUUCUUUGGGAGGAAAAUAUGUUUUAAUAUUUGCAUUCACUGGUUUUGUUUUUAGUUGUAAUAACAGAAUCUUUAGUUGAAUUCUCAACAUUGAUAUUGACUGUAGUAGUUUAGCUUUGAGCUAACACCUGUUCUUUUUCUGCAUUAGUGAAAUAAUUUCUCUUA